ACUUUCACAGUUUUCACCGAUUUUACCGACAAACUGAGAGUAAAUAACGAUCAAUACACCGACAGAAUCAACAACAACAACAACAAGAGGAGGAGGACUGAGCUGCGGAGCGACAACAUGGCGGACUCCUGCCGAACCUACGAGCGUCUGACGGCGGAGCAGAUGGACGAGCAGAGGAUCCAGAACGUGGCCUACCAGUACCUCUGUAGGCUGGAGGAGGCCAAGAGGUGGAUGGAGGCGUGUCUGGGGGCGGAGCUUCCGGCCCCCACAGAGCUGGAGGAGGGGCUGAGGAACGGGGUCGUCCUCGCCAAGCUGGGACAUCGAUUCUCUCCCAACGUGGUUCCACUGAAGAAGAUCUACGACCCGGAUCAGCUGAGAUACCAGGCGGUGGGUCUUCAGUUCCGUCACACCGACAACAUCAACCACUGGAGGAACGCCAUGACAUCACUGGGACUGCCAGCGAUCUUCCAUCCAGAAACUACAGACGUCUACGACAAGAAGAACAUGCCACGAGCUGUUUACUGUAUCCACGCUCUCAGCCUGUAUCUCUACAGACUUGGUUUGGCUCCACAGAUUCACGACCUGUACGGGAAAGUCAACUUUACAGAGGAGGAGAUCAGCAACAUGAAGUCAGAGUUGGAUAAACUGGGGCUCCAGCUGCCGGCGUUCAAUAAGAUCGGAGGGAUUCUGGCCAAUGAGCUGUCAGUGGACGAGGCUGCAGGCCACGCGGCGGUGAUCGCCAUCAACGAGGCGGUGGACCGGGGUCAGCUGGAGGUGACGGCGGCGGCCCUGAGGAACCCCAACGCUCUGCUGACCGACCUGCAGGAGGCGCUGAUGAACGUCUACCAGGAGGUGCUGCAGCACGCCAGGAGGAGCAAACAGCAGGAGGCCAGCGUGCGUCAGGCCGGAGGCUCGGAGGAGAAAGACGUGUACGAAGAGUUCCUGACUCGCAGAGAAAUCCAGAACAACAUCAACAUCGUCAACGUGCGGUGGGCGGUGGACCAGGUGGACGAGGCUCUGGAUUUGUCCUGUGAGGCUUCUCUGGCCUCAGCUCUGCAGCGUCCCUGUUUGUCUCUUCGAGGCGUCCGGACCGACAACAGUCUCUGGUACCUGGAGACGCUGACCGCCCAGCGCCAGCACAAAGCCCAGGAGGAGGGCUGUGUUGACCCUUUGGAGCCUGAUGAGCUGCAGGACGGCGUGACCGCCGCCAACCAGGACGCCCACCGAGCCCGGACCAUGCGUGCGGCGGUGCGCAGCGUGAACGCCUCGCUGCGUCUCAACGACCCUCGCCACACCGUCAGCUGUCUGAUGACCUCUGACCUCCAGCUGCCUGAAGUGUUUCCCUUCGCUGCCGGUCUGUACCACCGAGAGCUGCAGCUGCUGCAGAGACGCACCAGCCAGGGGGAGCUGCAGCAGGAGGAGCUGUUUGUUGCCGUGGAGAUGCUGUCAGCUGUGGCGCUCAUCAAUCAGGCGGCGGAGGCGGGACAUCUGCAGCAGUUCAGCUCCUCAUUGGUCAGUCCGUCUGCAGGCCUGUCUGACGUGGACCCCGCGCUGCUGGACAGGUACUUUGAGGCUCUGGUUGGUGUGAAGCAGCAGGUGAGCCGAGACCUGCUCACCUGGAACCAGCUGCAGGAAGUUGUUAACUCUGUGAACCAAUCAGUGCAGGAGGAACACACAGAGCUGCUGGCGGUGCAGCAGGUGAACGAGGCGGUGCUGAGAGGAGACGCUGAGCGGCUGCUGUCUGCUCUGCUGCUGCCGUCCUGCUGCCUGGAGGACGUCCUCCCUGCCAACACCUGCCGAUACCUGGACCUGCUGACCAGCGCCAGGGAGCACCGAGCACAGGUGAGCAGAGACCGAGGAGCUGAGCUGUGGUUGGCUGAUAUCCAGGAAGCAGUGAGGACAGCCAAUCAGCAGAGCCAGAGAGCUCUGAAGCUGUGUCUGUCUGUAGCGGCAGUGAACCAGGCUGUGAAGGAGAACCGGGUGAACCAGACUCUCCGUGUGUUGCUGCUGGCGGAGGUCGGCCUGCAGGGCGUGGUUCCUUCCUGCGCUGCAGAUUAUCAGAAGGAGCUCCACGCGCUGCUAGCACGCCGCCGCCGCGCAGGUGACAACAGGAGUCCGUGGGUUCGAGUCCGGCUGGACGACGGCUCGUUUUAUUACCUCCACCUGAACAGACUGGAGGGCAGCUGGGAGAAACCAGACGGAUUCAUACAGAACAGCGUGUUCCUGGACCGGCAGCUGAUACAGGAAGUGGUCAGCAGCGUGUCGGCGUCCUACAGCCGUGGCGUCCUCUGGCGGAGCAGCGAAGCCCUCAUCACCCGUCUGCAGGCGGCCAGCCGAGGCUUCCUGCUGCGACAGAAGCUGAAGGCUCGACAGCGUUACCUGAGCAACCACACACCUGCUGCCAUCACCAUCCAGGCUCACUGGAGGAGGUUUGUCCAGCAGAGGGCGUACAGACAGAGGCUGCAGUUCCUCUACACGAACUGGAGAGCUGUUGUCAAGAUCCAGUCGUUGGUGCGGAUGUGGUCGGCGAGGAGGAAGUAUCGAGCUCGGCUGAGUUUCCUCAGUCGUCAGGUGGGCGCCGUGGUGAAGAUCCAGGCGUUCUUCAGGGCGAGCAGAGCGAGAGACGAGUACCGGACGCUGGUGCACUCGGCCACGCCCCCGCUGUCCGUCCUCAGGAAGUUCGUCCACCUGCUGGACCACGGCGACGGUGACAUCAGAGAGGAGGCGGAGCUUCUGCGUCUGAGGGAGGACGUGGUGAGGACGAUCCGCUUCAACCGCCGACUGGAGGACGACCUGGACAUGAUGGACCUGAAGAUCGGCCUGCUGGUCCGCAACCGGGCCACGCUGCAGGAAGUGGUGUCUCACUGUAAGAAGCUGACCAAGAAGAACAAGGAGCAGCUGUCGGACAUGAUGGACGUCCAGAGGAGACGAGGACUGAAGGCCCUGAGCCGGGACAGGAGACAGAGACUGGAGGCCUACCAGCACCUGUUCUACCUGCUGCAGACCCAGCCUCUGUACCUGGCCCAGCUGAUCUUCCUGAUGCCUCAGAGUCGCUCCACCAGCUUCAUGGAGAUGUUGGUGUUCAGUGUGUUUAACUACGGUGCCGACUGCAGAGACGCUUUCCUGCUGCUGCAGCUGUUCACCGCCGCGCUGCGCUCCGAGAUCAGGCUGAAGGUGGAGCAGCCUCAGGACGUGGUCACAGGUAACCCCUUCGUCAUCAAGAUGUUGGUGAACUUCUACCGGCACGCCGGCGGUCAGAACGCGCUGCGGGACGCUCUGGGCCCGGCGCUGCAGGACGUCCUGCUGGACCGCAGCCUCAGCAUCCGCACCGACCCGCUGGAGGUCUACAAGAGCUGGAUCAACCACACCGAGACCCAGACCGGAACCAGGAGCUCGCUGCCGUACGACGUCUCACCUGAAGAGGCUCUGAGUCACCCCGAGGUCCAGAGACGCAUCGACAUCGCCAUCAUCAACCUGAAGAACCUGACGGACCGCGUCCUCAAAGCCAUCACCUCCAACCUCCACAAACUACCUUAUGGUUUGCGGUACACAGCGAAGGUUCUCCGAGACGCUCUGAAGGAAAAGUUUCCUGCUGCCAGCGAGGACGAACUCUACAAGGUCGUGGGUCACCUGGUGUAUUACCGCUACAUGAACCCGGCCGUCGUGGCGCCAGACGGGUUUGACGUGGUGGACCGGUCCGCCGGCGCCGCGCUGCAGCCGGAGCAGCGCCACCUGCUGGGCUCCAUCGCCCGCAUGCUGCAGCAAGCCGCCGCCAACAAACACUUCCACGGAGACGGGGCCCACGUCAGGGCGCUGAACCAGUACAUCAGCCAGACGCACGCCAAGUUCAGGAAGUUCCUGUGGAGCGUCUGUGACGUCCCGGAGCCGGAGGACCGGUUCAACAUGGACGAGUUCUCCGAGCUGCUUAUCGUCAACAAACCCGUCGUCUACAUCUCCGUCAGCGAGCUGCUCAACACACACCAGUUGUUGUUGGAGCACCAGGAGGUUUUGGCCUCGGACCCCUCAGACCCCCUCAGGCUGCUGCUGAAGGACCUGGGGCCGGUCCCGGCCCUGCAGGACCUCAUGGGUGAGUCAGCUGAUCCAGGAUCUGAGGUUUCUCUGAGUCUCACCAACAAGUUCGACAUCUUCAACGAGUCACACGACCAACCGGACGCCAGAGGCCUGCUGCUCAGCGUGAAGCAGCUGGUCGUUGACGUCAUCAGGACGCAGUCAGGUGACUCUCUGAGUCACAUCCUGAGAACUUCGGUGUCACGUGACCAGGAGGCGUCCCACGAUUGGCUGGUGCAGCGGCGAGCUCGGCAGGACGCUCGAACGCCCGACAAGCUGAAGAGGAACGAGUCGCUGGUCGCCAACGGCAACCUGAGCCUCGAGGAGAAGAAGAAGAAGAUCCUGCGGGGAAUCCGUCGUUUAGAGGGACUCGGAGUCCUGAACCCCCCCGAGAGCCAAAACCAGGUCCUGCAGCUCAUCGCCAAGGACAUCCGUCAGCAGCGUGUGCGGCGCCAGCGGCGAGGGGCGGAGCUUCAGAAGCUGCGUCAGACGCUCGGCGCCCUGCAGCUGAAGAGCAGCUUCCACCGCCAGCAGGAAGACUUCUACAGGGAUUACAUCACUUCCUGUCUGGACCAACUGACACACAGCAAAGCGACCAAUAAGAAGGCAGACAGAGGGAAGAAGAAGCCUCUGAGCUACACGGCCGCCCGGCUGCAGGAGAAAGGAGUCCUGCUGGAGAUCCAGGACCUGCCGGCCUCACAGUUCAAGAACGUCGUGUUCGACAUCGUUCCAGGAACGGAGAGAGGAAGCUUCAGCGUCAAGGCUCGAUUCCUGGGAGUCGAGAUGGAAGAGUUCCUGCUCAAAUACCAGGACCUGCUGCAGCUGCAGUAUGAAGGCGUGGCGGUGAUGAAGAUGUUCGACAAGGCGAAGGUCAACGUCAACCUGCUCAUCUUCCUCCUCAACAAGAAGUUCUUCAAGAAAUGAAACAAGUGAAGCUCUGAACUCUGUUUUAUGUCUCACUACAGGCUCAGAGCUCUAUACAUCUCUCUAUAUGUUUUAUUAUAUCUAAAUGUGUUUCUUUAUCUCUGUACAUCUUUUUAUAUAUAUAUAUAUCUGUCACUACAUUAUAUCUGGUUCUGAAGCUUCUCACCAAACUAAUGAUGAAACAUAAAACUGUUUACUGGCAUUAAAUCACAGAUAAAGAAUUAAUUUUGUCUUCAGACUGAAUCAGACUGAAGCUUGUUGCUGUCGUCACGGUAACAAACUGUUUGUGUUUGUUGUGAACGCAGCGUUUCAUCUUAUUAAUCAUCAUUCUGUGUAAAUAUUUUAUAUUUCCACUGAGAAUAAAAAACACUAAAAGACCAAAAAAGACAAAAACACUGAAACGAAAAGUCGUUUCACUUCUUUGAGAUUAUUGAUCAGAUCAGGAUUCACUCAUUAAUGAUCGGCUGCUUUGAGUAUUGACCGUCAAUAACUGUAAAUAUUUUCUGUCACUCCCUGUUUGUUUGUUUUUGUUGACUUUUGAAUGUUUUUGAAACUGUUUUUUACUUCAUUAAAUAUCUGAACGUU